AUGGAAUCGAUUGAUCUUAAGCCGCCAGCAGAUCUGGAGUGGCCUGAGCUCUUCAUUUGGGCUGUUUUCUUCAAUCGGCCCAAAAUGGUUGAUUUGUUUUGGCCCCUUGCACGUGAACCCGUGUCCGUGGGUCUGUUUGGCUGUAAUCUUUAUGAAAGAAUACGCAAAUACUUGCCCCUCUACGACACUGACGGUCGGCUGGACAUGAAAAACCAGAAGCUGAAACUGGAGGCCGCCAUCGUGCAGGUUGUGGACCGGUGUUAUAAAGUGAAUGCCAGCAUGACAACCCAUCUCCUUAAUCGCCGGUCCGAGGAUACCGACGACUGUACCUGCACUGAACUAGCAGCUCAAGCGCACUGCUUCAAAUUCAUGAGCUCCGUAUCCGGUCACUACGCCGUCGAUUUCGCUUGGUGUGCGGGCGUUAAGGCCAACGGGUUUGUGAUAGUUUUGGCCUACUUCUGCCCGUUUCUCUUGCUCUCCGACAAACUAUACCUCUUCGCUACGGAGUCCGUCAAUUUGAAGGAGGCGGCCAGCAGGUCGGACAUGAAAUCUCUGGUGAGCACUGGCACCCAGGGUAACGAAGCGCUCGGUGAAAAGGCAGAUGAAAAAGACGAUGCGGACAAUAAUGUCGGAUGCCUGAAGUUCGGUGAGAGGGUAAAAAUAUUCUACACCUCACCACGGACUAAAUACUUCGUUAACUUGAAUUUCGGCCUCAUCAACUUUGAAUGUGUGGCUGGGUGCCGUCAAAUGAGCCGCAACUUUAAGUUUGUCUACAUUGUAUUCCUCAUGUACUACGCGGGCGUUUUGCUGUUCGCGUUUUAUCCGGAUCACAUCAGUGUCUGCGAAGGGAUCCUACUUAUCUACCUCAUAUCCUUCCUUGUGGAAACCAUUCGCAGUGUAAUCAAGAGCCCACAAAGAUCCGGCACUUGCAAAUCUAGACUAUCCAAAUGGAUCCUCUCGUACCGUUGGCAUCCUUACGACAUCCUCUUAAAUAUUAUAAAUAUUAUAGGAUUCGUGCUACGAAUAAAUCCAGAAAAGCACUUCAUCUACGCCAAAAGUGCUUCUGUUAUCAGUUACAUAUUCUUCUGCGUCCGUAUCUUCCAAUUCUACUCCCAUAAUCACAAUCUCGGGCCCAAGAUUACAAUGAUUGUUCAAAUGUUCAAAGAACUUCUAUUCUUCAUGCUCAUCCUCGCCGUCUUUGUUAAAUCCUCGGGUGUGGCAAUGCAGACUCUUUUGUAUCCCUACCGGACGUACUUUGAUGCCCCAGUUCUGCUGGACGUUGUCUACAAUCCGUAUUACCGCAUAUACGGCGAACUGAACCUCGAUGAGACGAACGCCAUCAAAUCCGAUUGCACAGUCGCAGACGGGAAAAUGUGUCCAAUGUACAAUUUCCUUGUGCCUCUACUGAUGGCGAUUUAUAUGAUGACCGUUGCUGUUCUCCUCAUCAACCUCCUUAUCGCCAUAUUCAGUUUGGUUGAGUUGGCAUUGACGAAAGUGUAG